CAGGCGUGCCAUAAAAUCUGCCAGAACAGCUCUCAUGACAGAUUUUGUACCACACAAUUUGGGAUUUCAACAUAUAUCUCGGGAAGACGUGAUUCAAAAGCACACACGUGAACUCGCCAGAAAUCUCUUAACUUCGGGUUUUACGACAGAUCCAGCUAUAUUGGUGUUGGAUGGCAGUUAUGUAUAUAUACAAAAAAGUUCUAACGUUACGUUUGCCAGGAGAUCUUACAGUCUAUAUAAACACAGGCCCCUUCUGAAGCCUAUGAUGGUAGUUACCACCACGGGGUAUAUCGUUUCUAUUCUUGGACCCUAUUUGUCACACUCAAAGAAUAAUGAUGCCAGCAUUCUAAAGCACAUGAUCCACUGCAACACCGAAGAACUUAAGACAUGGCUAAAAGAAGAUGACAUUUUUGUAGUUGACAGGAGAUUCAGGGAUGCCGGUGAAAUUUUGAAAGACAUUGGAAUUAGAAUGGAGAUGCCAUCGUUCAUGCCAAAGGGAGCAAAGCAACUAUCAACGCAUGAUUCAAACAUUUCUCGAGUAGUUACAAAGGUCAGAUGGGUUGUUGAAGCUGCAAAUGGCAGGCUAAAGCAAUGGAAGUACCUCGAGAAGACCUUGCCAAAUACACAGAUCCCAUUUAUUGGAGAUUAUGUGAGGAUAGUGGAUGCUCUUUGUAAUAAGUACCGGCCGCCAUUGUGCAACGCAUCUGAUCAUGACCAGUCUCUGGCUGCAAAAAUGUUGUAUCUAUCUAAAAAUGUGAACUCUUUACUGAGACGUGUAGAUGAAGAAGGUCUGGAUAGGAGAUCGAUGCUUUGGGUGAAAGUUGACGCAGAUGGUGUCGCACCAGAUUUUCCUCGUUAUGACGAAACAGAUAUUCGGGAACUUACUUUAGGGGUCUAUCAGCUACGAAUGGCCUAGUCGUAUACACAUGAACACAUCGAUAUCGACGGCAAGUUUGAGAUAUUAGUGAGCAAUGACAUCUCGAACAUACUGUCGUCCAAAAUACAAAGCAGGCAUGUUUCAGCAAAACAAUAUAGGUGUUGGAUAAGUUACGGGGAAGGUGUGGUUAAUGGCUGGUACUGUAAGUGUAAAGCAGGUAGUAGGGUUGUGGGGAUGUGUAGCCAUAUUACCUGUAUAAUUUGGUAUCUGUCUUAUGCGAGACACAACGCCGACACCAUAAAAGGUGUCAGAAAUUGGAGUAACUGUACAUCUAUUGAUGAUGCGUCAGAUUUACCUGAGGUUAUUGAUGAGUCAGACAGCGAGGAGGACAGUGUGUUUGAAGAGUAACGUACUGGUUUGGAAUCUGAUUUGCUGGUGUACUUUGAUUUUAUAGAUUGUUAUUAAAGCUGACAGGAU